AGGCAGGUUGUCGUGCAAUGACGAGCUGCAGCCGGCAGUCAGUCUGCAGACACUGAAGCUGACACACACAGACACACACACACCAUGAGGCUGCUGCCAGCUGCUGUCUCUCUGUCCCUGACGGUGGCCCUCGCUUACUAUGUGUACAUCCCGCUGCCUGAAACCAUCCAGGAGCCCUGGAGGCUGAUGAUGCUGGAUGUUAGUUUCCGAACAACGAUGCACCUGGCCUCAUUGAAAGCUUGGCUAGGCUUUGAUCAUUACAUCCAGUUCCUCAGGCAAUCGACAGAAGAUUUUGACGACAUUAUGCAGGGGCUGUGCAGCUCUCAGUCCGAAGGAGGGGUCAUGCCGGGGGUUAAAGUCUGCGACAUCACUUUCGCCGGCGUCCCCGUCCGUGUGUACGAGCCCCCGGCUGGAGGGGAGGGUCAUCUGAGGAGAGGGCUGAUGUUUAUCCACGGAGGAGGCUGGGCCCUCGGCACUACCAAGAAGGGGUCGUAUGAUGUGAUCAACCGGAUGUUGUCGGACGAGCUGAACACAGUUGUGGUCUCUGUUGAGUAUCGUCUGUAUCCAGAGGUGAACUUCCCGGUGCCUUAUCUAGACUGCCUCGCUGCGGCCAAACACUUCCUGUCUGCAGAGGUUCAGGCCAGGUAUGCCAUCGACCCGGAGCGUAUCGCUGUGUCCGGGGACAGUGCCGGAGGAAACCUGGCUGCUGCGGUCGCUCAGGAGAUUUCCACCGAUGACACUAUGAGUGUGAAAUUCAGCGUCCAGGCGUUGAUCUACCCCGUGCUCCAGGCUCUGGACUUCAACACGCCCUCCUACCUGCAGAACCAACACAUUCCCAUCCUCCACCGGCCCAUCAUGGUCCGCUUCUGGCUGCAGUACUUCGGUGCCGACCUCUCCCUGCUGCCCCAGCUGCUGGCGAACAACCACAGCUCCUUACAGCACUCAAACAUCACCCCAGAGCUGCGGGCGCGCGUAGACUGGACCGUCCUUCUGUCCCCGAAAGACAAGAAGAACUACAAGCAUGUGAUUGUAGAGAAAGGUUCCCAGGGGGGGGCGAGGGAGGUGCCGGGGCUCCUGGAUGUGAGGGCCUCUCCUCUGUUAGCAGGACCCGAGGUUCUGGCUAAAAGCCCCCGAGCGUACAUCCUGACAUGCGAGCAUGACGUGUUGAGGGAUGACGGUUUGAUGUACGCACGGCGCUUACAGGACUCGGGUGUCACGGUAACCGUCGACCACUACUUGCACGGCUUCCACGGGUGUUUCAGCUUUAUUACCUGGCCGAUGGAGUUUGAAGUAGGGAAGAAAGCGGUCAGAGGUUACCUCGACUGGCUGCAAAAGAACUUGUAAGAGAGAGUGUGUGUGUGUGUGUGUGUGUGUGUGUGUGUGUGUGUGUGUGUGUGUGUGUGUGUGUGUGUGUGUGUGUGUGUGUGUGUGUGUGUGUGUGUGUGUGUGUCACUGAUACAAACACGCUAGUCCUUUAGCUUUAUGAAUCAUACAAGGGCUAACGCAUCUCGUUUUUGAUUUAAAUAUUCAAGCUUAAGCUCAGGGUCCUCCUGUUCCUGCAGAUACUCACACUCUUGGUAGUAUUUGAGCUCUGUUAGCAGUGUAAUGACUAACCCUGCUGACAGCGGAGAAGGGCACAUAUAUGUUAACAUUAACUUGGCUAACACUGUGACCAGCUAACAAACGCACUUAAUAGAUUCACAGUCACUAGCUUUUACGAGGAUCUUUAAGCCACACCACAAAGACUUUAACAAUAUAUUUCACAAGGAUUGUAAUUCCUGUUUUACGUAACUUUAAUUUACACUGCUUGUUGCACCUUUUCCCCCCCCGAAAAAUGUUUAAUUAUGGAUCCAAACAAGUAACAUUUUGUCCCUCACUUAGGUCCAGACUGAAAUAUCUUAAAAACUAUUAUAUGGAUUGCCAUGAAAUGUUGUAAAGACUGGAGGAUAACCCCUAAUGACGGAUUCUCUGACCUUUCCUCUAGCGCAGUGGUUCCCACCUGGGGGGCGCGCCAAAGAUCGCAGGGGGGGCGCCAGGCCUCAGAUGAUUUGAGGCAAAAUAUCAUAUUUUGA